UUGGUGAAAACAAAUUUCGAACCCUACCCCACGUUUUCCACCUCCAUUUUUUUAGAUAAUUAUUCAUUUCAAGUUUCCUCUCGAUCGUUUUUACUGCCAGUCUGAAAAGAAUUCCAAAGCCGUCAAGUACGAAAUAAAUUGAGCAGAGAAAAUUUCACGUGUUGUUUCAGAAAACUUUUCCCAUAGUCUCUCAAUCGUUGAAAAAGAAUGGUGUUGCCAGAAGAAGUAGAGAAGCCAGUCGUUCCUGAGCUGCCCAAAGAAUCAGCAGACGAGAAGGGUGAUGCACCAAAAGCUGAAAGUACUGAACCUGUGCUGUCGAAUGUCGAAAUCAAGAAAAGGAUCGUGCAAGCCGAAGACGAAGAAUUGAAAAGUCGACUGGCUCAUCGAUUAAGAUUUCGCACAUCGUCUCUCAACACGUCGACUCUUGGCGAAUACGUUCAACGCAUGGUGGAUGAGCAAAUUGACAUUUACUACAUGGUUGGACGCAGCCCUCAACAAUUGGCCCGGUCCCCAUUUGUUCGUCGGUUCGUUAAAGCUGGUCUCGAAGUUAUUUACAUGACCGAUCCGAUUCUGGACGAAUUGACGGUCAAGAAGAUGGGCAGACGCUACGGUAAAUUCCGUUUGGUUUCAGUCAACUCUGAAGCCAUUGAGCUGCCCGAAUUAUCCAAUCAAAAGUCUGAUCGUAUCAAACGCAAACGCGAAGCCUUGGACGAAUUCAUGCCACUUUGCAAACGUCUCAAAUCGGUUUACUCUCACGACAUCCACAAAAUUGUCAUUUCCAAUACGUUGGUGGAGAGUUCGUGCGCCAUGGUUCCCAGCCAUGAAAUUCCUGAUGAAGAGGACGAACCUUCGUACACGGUCAAUGCCGAGUGGGGUCGCAUCCGUUUGGAGAUAAAUCCCGAUAGCGAUUCGCUUCGUUUGCUUUGCCUUCAGGCUCGUCUUUUGGAGAAGAAACAGGAGCAGUUUGACGAUUUGGUCAAGUUUCUCUUCGGCCCUGCCACCACCGAAGAUUCUCUAGUCAUCGAACAGCCCUGCUCGCCUUUCAGCGACGAUUCGUGUAGCGAUUUGAGCGAAAUUUAUUGACUCUGAAAAAGUUUCCACUUUCUUUUAGUUCUUUUUUCCCGAGUUGUGUUUUAACAUUAUUGUUUUGUAUUGUUGCGUCAGUUGGACGCUGUUUUCCCCGUUUCGUGUUUCACCCAGAAUGAAAUCAAGAUUACACCGUUUUUGAAUUCCA